CGCUCUUCGGCAACCUCCCUAAACAAUGAGCUAAUACACAGUGCAGUACUAACGGAGAACCACAUAGCGUAUCAUCCCAAGUACUUCCUGACUAAAGUCCCCGUAGAUCUUUGGCAAGUGCAUAGGAUGCUGUUAUCGACAGUUUGCCGACAUAUGGUGCAUAAAGAAAUGGGUAUGCUUCGUGAUGUGCAGAGCAUUGGUUUUUAACCUUUCUCUCAUUCAAUGUAUCAACUUAUACAUAGCAAAAAAGGCCAGCCAAGGGCUGCUAUCAUACUUGGGGUUAAGGAGGAGCUACUCAACACCUGUGACCUAGUGAUUUCCAUCCCGGCCAGCUCUGCUGAGGUAGAGAGAGGAUUCAGCAAGAUGAAAAUUAUCAAGACCAAUAUCAGAUCUUGUUUGGCAGCUGACAGGAUCACUGAUCAACUUCUGGUCAAGUUCCACUUACCUUUAAUAAGUGACUUUGAUCCCAUAACAGAUAUCCAUCUUUGGAAAUCAGGAUCACUUCACACAAGACCUAAUGCUGAGAAGAAGGUACAAGAGAGUGAUGAAGAAAGAGAUAAAAGAAGAAUCCAAGAAAUGGAUGUUGGGACAUCAUGGAAUACUGACACUGAUGCAUUCUAGCUUUCCUUUCAUUAUAUAUUUUGAUUAGGAAAGAACACUAAUAUUACAUAACUCAUCACCACCUAAGUCAUUUUAAAGCUAAUUGCAUGUUUUCCAUAUGUUGCUAAUUUGAGGAUUUUGCUUAUUACAAAUUCAAAUUCAUGAAUGACUAAUUAAUAGUUGUUUCAGAAUAUGAAAAACUGAUUGCUAUAAAGUUAGUGGUGAUGUAAAUUGUAUGAUUUUUCCAUCUCUUCAUCAAAAAUGUUUGUCCUUUUAUUGACAAAUGUGUCAGCUAGAUGGUAACAGGUUAUAUGGGAACAAGAAUAGAUUACACUGAGAGUGAUGAACAGGGUAACAAAAAGUUAA